CCAACCAGGAGGGUGAGUAGAACUGCUGACCAAUGGGAUAUGAGGCUCUGCCUGGCCCCACUGACACCACCAGAUGAGAUUGACUUUUCAAACCCAGAAUUUCUUGAAGGAUUAGUGCAAUAUGGAUUUAAUGCCGUUCUCAGUAGAAGAUUGGGCGUCGAGAGACAGGUGCCGGAUUCCAGGGAUGAAAUAUGUCUUGCAAAACACUACCCACCCAAUCUACCUACUGCCAGCAUAAUCAUAUGCUUCUAUAAUGAAGAAUUUAACACCUUGCUCCGAACAGUUUCAAGUGUGAUGAACCGCACUCCAUAUCCUUUCCUUGAAGAAAUAAUUCUGGUUGAUGACAUGAGUGAAAUUGAUGAUUUGAAAGAGCAACUGAACUAUCACCUGGAACUUUUCCGUGGAAAGAUUAAGUUAAUAAGAAACAAAAAGAGAGAAGGCCUCAUCAGAUCAAGGAUGAUUGGUGCCUCCCGUGCCUCAGGGGACAUCCUGGUGUUCUUGGAUAGCCACUGUGAGGUGAACAUAGUCUGGCUGGAGCCCCUGCUACAUGCCAUUGCUACAGACCACAAAAUGGUGGUGUGCCCUGUGAUCGAUGUCAUUGAUGACUUCACCCUAGAUUAUAAGGCGGCUCCUGUUGUAAGGGGAGCUUUUGACUGGAGCCUGAGUUUUAGAUGGGACAAUGCUUUCUCAAGUGAGAUGGACGACGACCCAGAAGGACCAACCAAACCCAUUCGGUCACCUGCAAUGGCAGGAGGAAUUUUUGCUAUACACAGACAUUAUUUUAACGAACUCGGGCAAUAUGACAAGGGGAUGGAUCUUUGGGGAGGAGAAAAUGUGGAGCUUUCACUAAGAAUUUGGAUGUGUGGAGGCCAACUCUUCAUACUUCCUUGCUCUCGUGUUGGACAUAUCAUUAAGACACAGAAUAAAAAUAAUCUUGGAUUCAACAAAGCCCUCUCAAAGAACACACUGCGAGUGGCUCAUGUCUGGCUGGAUGAAUACAAGACCAUCAUCCAGAGAUGCCAUGGCAGGAAGUCAAGCAGAGACCGCAGAGGAAAACUGCUUAGUGGCUUGAUCUCCAUCACUUCUUCAACAUGCUUUCUUACACAACUCAGGACCAGCUGCGGGAUGGCACCAGCCAUAGUGAGCUGGACCUUCCUCUAACAAUUAGCACUCAAGCAAAUGCCCCACAUGCAAAUCUAAUGGAGGCAAUUCCUGUCUGGAGUCCCUCUUCCUAGGUGAUUCCAGUUUGUGUCAAGGUGACAAAAACCAGUCAGCAGUUUUUAUAAUUAAAAAAUUUUAAUUAAUUGUGUAUUUCUCCUAAUCUAAC